UGGAACUGGAUGAACUGAAGGUCCCUGCUAACCCAAACCAGUCUGUGAUUCUACAAUUCUAAUCUACACCAUGCGCUCAUUUAAAAGGUUAGCUUGCAGCAGAACGGGCGAAAAGCAUAUUUUUCCGCUAUAAAAAAUCCACACAAACUUGAGCUAGGGCUGUGGUGAACAGUCCGGGAACAGUAGCAUGAAAUUGUACCAAAUUACUUUGCCCCAGAAUUGCGAAGCAAUCCAAACACUACCGAAGUCCUCGUUUUGUGAGCCUUCUUCCUGGACAACUCAGUGCCGGGAGCAUGAGAGGAGGAGGAAGGUCGUCUGGUCUUGUUACAGACAGAAGCACUUUGGCACAAGCUCUAUCUAGAGAAGCAGGCGCUGAUCCCGGCUCGGGUCAAAGACCUGCCGUGGCCGCAGGGGCAGUGCGGAUGUGCCCCGUUGGGAGCCGGAACUGUUAGCUGCUGGCUCCUCCCGCUGCGCUCCAGUGGAGCUGCGACAGAGACACCAGAGUGUUACAUUUAGCACACCGGACAAGACAUCUGAUAACUGAGAAUUAUGCUCAGGAGCAAAGCAUUCAGUGUGUUAAAACCGAUUCCACUGAUGUUUGGCCAGUCAAAUUUGGCUUGUAAAUGUAUGCAUCCAGCUAUUGCUUCUCAUGGACAUCACUGUCACAGGAGAAGUGUGGAUUACAGACAGAGGUAUAAGACAUGCCCAUUUAGUGCUGGAGGACGAACAAUAAGUACUUCUCAGACCCAGGUCAUGGCAGAGGAGUUGCCGGGCGUUUUGGUUCUGGAUAUAGGAGGAACUCAUGGUGUGCUAGAAAACCUGGCAGCACUUUUGAAGAAACACUUUCACCUUAUCACCAUGAAGGAGUUUCUUGAAAACAAAAAGGAAAUGAGCAAAAAAAUACAGUCUAUUUUUGUGUUUGAGUGCAGGCCAACUAUUGACCAGCAGCUUCUAGAAAGCCUGCCUAAUUUAAAAGUAAUUGGAAACUCUGGGGUUGGAGUCGAUCAUUUAGACUUGAAAAUGAUUUCUAACUUUGGCGUAAAAGUGACCAACACCCCACAUGCCGUGGCGGACCCAACAGCAGACAUGGGAAUGGCUUUGAUGCUGGCCUCUGCCAGAAGACUAGUGGAAGGCUGCCAGAUUGCGGUUUCUCCAGAGACGAAGUGUUUUGCCGUUGACUGGAUGGGUGUGGAAGUAACCAGAGCAACGCUUGGGAUCAUCGGAAUGGGCAGCAUUGGGUACAAAGUGGCUCAGAGAGCCAGAGCCUUCAACAUGAAGAUCCUGUAUCAUAAUAGGAACCGGAGACGAAAGGAUGAGGAAGAAGCAGUUGGUGCCCACUACUGUGAGAAGAUGGAAGACUUACUGCAGCAAUCUGACUUUGUUAUGUUGGUUGUGAACCUGACUCCUGAGACUCACAAACUGAUUGGGAAAAAGGAGCUGGGACUGAUGAAACCCACAGCUACACUAAUAAACAUCAGCCGAGGUGCAGUUAUUGAUCAAGAUGCAUUGGUAGAAGCUCUCCAGAAGAAGAUUAUUAGGGCUGCUGCUCUGGAUGUGACAUACCCUGAGCCUCUGCCAAGAGAUCAUCCAUUAUUAAAAUUAAAUAACAUCAUCAUAACCCCUCACAUUGGAACCGCAACAGUCCAUGCUAUCCAUAUGAUGGCAGAAGAAGCAAUAGCAAAUAUGCUGGCUGUUCUCAGUGGCCAACCCAUUCCAAGCGAAGUGUUUCCCAAAUGAUGUGUGCCAGAUGAUAUCACUAAAUCUCAUACAUAUGGGAAGGCACUAUAUCUUACAGUACCACUUUUAAAUUACUGCAAAGCUGUCAUCUCACUAGACUUGAUCUGUACUGUUAUUUACAGUUCUGAAAAAUAAAGUAGAAGUAAUAAAAGGGAUUUGUUUGAAGAUUUUAAACUGA